AUGUCUAAACGACCAGGAGAAGAGUCCCUUGGGGACGAAGAACCACGCAAGCGCGUGCAUUUACUCAGUACAACAUCGGUCGCCUCUCUCGCCCCAGGGAUCUCGCGCUGGACUUCUGCAGAUAUCCCCGAUGGCUUACCACCUCUGCCUCCGAUCAGCGCAGAGCUUGGAGAAGAAGUUUUCAGACACCCCGGACUCGGAGGUCCUAAUUAUGAGACUUUGGAGUGGUACGGCGAUUCUGUCCUCGAGAUGGUAUCUACAGAACUCGUGUUCGAGACCUUUCGGCAUUAUCUUCCCGCCGGUCGAUGUAGUCAAGUUCGCGAACAGUUGGUGCGCAACCUCACGCUCGCAGACUACUAUCGACAAUACGGCAUGCAGCAUAAGACUCAACUCCCCAAGCAUUUGGGCUCUAUGGCCGACUUAAUACAUCACAAAGGCAGAAACAGGGAUGUCAUCAAGAUUCAAGGCGACAUUUUUGAAGCUUACGUUGGCGCAGUCGUCAAAUCAGAUGCUCAGCACGGAAACACAAACGUUGUCGCCUGGCUCAAGGCGCUCUGGAGCCGCACAAUCAAGGAUCAAAUUAAUCAAGCAGAGAGACAACACGAAGCCUCCUCUCUGGCAAUCCGAAAGCAGCCACCUACACAUGAACAAUUACCCGCACAAACACUAAACGCGAAGAUGCGACUUUCAAGCGCCGUUGUGGUUAGAGACAUCAAGCUUCGCUAUGAAGACAUGCCGUGUAAGAAGAAGGAUAAGAACCUAAAUUUGCCGCUUUUUGCUAUAGGCGUCUAUAUGGACGGAUGGGGGGAAACAAACAAGCUUCUAGGUAUCGGCACGGCAUUGGGGAAGAAAGAAGCAGGCGAAAAGGCGGCGACUGAAGCACUGGAAAACCGGAAGCUUAUCAAAGUCUACGAAACCAAGAAAAGGGCGUGGAUGGAGGAGGCACGAAGUAACAAGUCCAAGAAGGAAGCAAAUGAGUGA